AUGGGAUCUCUGAGAACAUUUAUCAAGGAUGUACGUGGCGCUAAAACAUUGGCCGAAGAACGAUCCAUCGUAACCAAGGAGUCGGCCAGAAUUAGAACGAAACUCAAAGACGAUCAUUUGCCCCAAGAGAAAAGGCGCAAAAACAUACACAAGCUCCUUUAUCUCCAUAUUUUGGGUGAAAAGACGCAUUUUGCCCAAGUGGAAUGCAUCAAUCUCAUCGCGUCUGAUGACUUUCGCGAUAAGAGGCUCGGAUACUUGGCUGCUAUGAUUCUACUGGACGAGCAUCAAGAAGUGCUAACCUUACUGACCAAUCUGAUCAGUAAUGAUCUAACACACCCAAAUAGAUACGUCGUGUCCCUAGCGCUGUCCACUUUAGGCUCAUUGACAUCCCCGGAAUUGGCUCGCGAUCUGUACCCUGACGUAGAGACCAUCCUGGCGCGUUCUACGGACGAAUUCUUGGUCAAGAAAGCACUUCAGUGCGCUGCUAAGCUAAUCGAGAGAGACGCCUCUUUGCUAGAAAUAUUCUACCCGUAUGUCGGAACCAUUCUAAAAUCGCACCAUUUAUGCACACACGGCGGUUUACUCGGUGUCGUCAAAUUGUGUCAAGUCGCUCUUUCGUGCCGGCCUCAAUACGAGUAUGACAAUUAUCCUGAGAUAUUGCAGAGCUUGGUAGCCAAUAUUCCAGAGCUUUUCUCUCUUCUUCAAGACAUGAACUCGACCAGUUUCAACCCUGAGUAUGAUGUUGGCGGAACUUGCGAUCCAUUUUUACAAGUGGAACUUCUGUACACUUUACGUCUAAUGUUCGAGCUGGCACCUCAGGGAACCGACAGGUACAAAAACAAAUUAAAUGAUAUACUGACAAAAAUUGCCACGAAUUCCGAUGGCUCCAAGAACGCUGCUCAUGCUGUUUUGUAUGAAUGUGUCCGCACAAUUUUUGCUCUUCAGCUUGAUCAAUCUCUAAAAAUUCUUGGAGUGAAUGUUUUGGCCAAGUUUUUGGGAGGGAAAGACAAUAACACCAAGUACGUGGGACUCAACACUCUACUCGAUGUUGUUCCUCAAGAACCGAAUGCUGUUCAAAAGCACCGCAAAUUUAUUUCGCGCUGUUUAUUUGACCCCGAUAUCUCUAUCAGGGCUAGAGCUGUAGAAUUGACCUUUGCAAUUCUCAACGAUUCGAACAUGACGGAGUUAGUAGAAGAACUACUAUCAUUCCUCAAGGGGUCUGAUGAUCAGGACAAAGAUUUGAUCAUCAGUACUGUAAAUCAUCUAGUGAAUCACUUCGACUCGCGAACCCCAGAUCAAGAAAAUUGGGCAAUUGAUGUGAUGGUUCAAGUUUUAAAAGUUGUUGGCCAACACAUUUCUUUAGACAAAGUUAGUGAAGUUUUACUGAUGAUCAACAAUGGCCAGGAUUUGAACCAUAAGUUGCAAGUGAUCCAGCAAAUAUUAACAGUGUCAUUAGGCAGACUUGAAGGCGUUGUCAAAGGUGACAAUUUGGCAUGGAAACUAAUGAGCGUUUGGUGCAUCGGUGAGUACGGUGACAUCCUGCUACAAAAAAACAUAUUUUCGGACACUAGGCUUGCAGAGUACCUCUCUGCACUGAACCACAUGUAUUCCGACAGCAUAAUGUUAAUUGGUUAUGUUUUAACCGCAGCACUAAAACUGUCAUCAAAGACCAACAAUCCAGGUUGUGUGGAGGAAUUGCGACAGAUCAUAAUGGGUCAUACCCGAGACACUAACUUGAUGCUCCAAAAUAAGAGUUAUCAGUACUCUAUAAUAUUCAAUCAACCUGCCGGGCUAAAGCACGACAUUUUGGGAGCUAUGCCGUUUUUUGAGAAGAAAAGCAAAGGUGGAAGCGACAAAGUUAGUCUGCAAAAAAACAUGGCUCCACCCACCAAGCCGGUGGAAUCUAGCCUCCUAUUAGAUCUUCUAGAAACUUCCCCCCCUCGUAAUCCUCCCACAAAGUUUCACAAUGAUGUACUAGCCAGUCAGGUAGAAAAUGACACCAGAACAGCUCCUCUGGCUGGUAAUGGGGUUUAUGCUUCUGUUCCUGAAAAUGCUGCACAAUGUUAUACCUCUUCUGAAAUGGCUGUUUUCAUGAGGAUUAAAUCCGUGGGACCUGAAGGAGCUGAGCUGGAAUUGUUUGUCCGGGCAGUUGUUCCUAUGCAUAACGUCCAAAUUUUUGCAGCAGUAUCCAAGACUCAGAAACUCAUUUUAGGGACUUUAUCUAGCGCAUCGCUCGAGUCAGACCAGGUCUGUGUACAGGAACUGCGGGUAAGUGGUAGUGGGAAGCUCAAAUUCAGGAUAAAGAUUGUACACCAAGGUUCCGAUAUGAACUUAAAAACCGAGCAGUUUGAUCACAAAUUCGACCAAAGCUUGUGA